UUACAGUCCAAUAAUUAAAUAGAAAGAUUUUAUAAUAGAAUAAUAAUAAAUAAAUAAUCUCCUAAAAACUAAGGUUACCUAAACUACCCAAAUCCCAUGAUGGAAAGGAAUCCCCAGCCCUCAUCUACCCUCUAUUUAUAUACGGAGUAUUACCUAAUGCGCAAAAAGAAAAAGAGAGAGCAGAGCCGACGGAAGAAAGCCGAGCAGAGCUGCGGCAGCUUUGUCGCCGGAAAACAGAGACGCAGAACCGCCGUCGCUGACCGCCGUGCCGCCGCUGGGAUCGCCAGACCCCGCACUCAACACCGCUGCCGCUGUCUCGUGAUCUUCUCCGUUUAUCUAAUUUGUCUAAUUCGCCAAUUAAUCGAGGUAACAUGAAUGAUGAAUAAAGAACUAUCCUGGAGGGCAGCGAGGGAAGAGAGAUGGAUGGAUGCUGGCUGGAGGAUUUUAUUAUUUAAUACUUAAGUUUGAAUUAAUUAUGUUUUUAAGGGCAAGAACCCAAAGUUGUAUUUUGAUUAAAUACUUAAAGGCUUCCGCACCGUUUUCUGAACUCCGAUGAAUAUUUUAAAAUAUUGUUUUUGAAUUAAAUGUUUUAAAUGUUCUGAAAAUUAUUGUGUCUGAAUGCCAAUCUAGUAGCAACCCGAUCCGCUGGUCCUCGUAUUCGGGUCACGCGGGUUGGGGUGUUACAAAGUCACCCCAAAUUUCCCAUCCAACACUAAAAAUCAAAAGAAAAAUAUAAUAAACAAAGAAAAGCUAUACUAUAUCACCAUCAUCAUCAUCUCUUAUCAUCCACACACACAACACUCCUCUCUCCUCCCAUUCUCUCUCCGUCGGCCAAACAUCAAGAAAGGGGAAAGAAAGUUUUAUCUCCAUUGUUGUGCCAAGGAAGGAGAAGCAAGCAAGAAACCAUCCAAAGUUUCCAAAUGUUUAGCUCAAAAACGCAGCAGCCACUUUGAGGUCCAAUUUACGCUAUCUUACAUCUUCUAACUCGAAUUACUUUCUAUACGAAAGUUAUAGCCUUACAUCUUAGGAAUCCACAGAAUCAAGCGGUUUGUAAUUCCGUGAACAAACGAUGGAGAUAUGCCCAAAAUACGGCAGGCUGUCCAAUUGUGACGAGAAUGACAAAGUUGGUGAAUUUCGAUGUUGUUUCCACUCCCGCUCAUCCGUAAGGUUUCGGCCAAUGAUUUCCAGCGGUUUCGCUGAGCGUGUAGUUUGUAUAUUUCGUUGACUACACGUAGGUAACAAGAGGACAAUGACGGAAUCAGUCCUAGAGGGCAUUGAGUCAGAGGAGAUGCAAGGAUGGCAGGCAAAUGUUUGAUCAUCAAAGAUUUUAAAUGUGUCAUGAUUUGAUUAUUAUUGUACUUCCGCAUUACUCUGAAAAUAUUUUUAAAUGGGUCGCGAUCCAGAGUGUGUAAAUUU